UUAGAAGGCACCUGCCUGCAGAGGUCACACAUGAGAAGGCUGUGGGUACAUUGUAAACUUCAAUUUCGCUCUUGGCAGAAUCUAUGAGCUGAAACCUAUCCUGUAAACAGCCUUUCAAUGUCAUCAUGAAACUCAUUCUCCUCUGGACUUUCUUCAGCCUGCCUGUUGCUUUUGCCUAUAAUCCAGACACCAGAGGUGAUAUCCAACCUCCCUACUUGGUCUACUUGAAAUCCGAUUACCUGCCCUGCACAGGAGUCCUGAUUCACCCCCUUUGGGUGAUCACAGCUGCACACUGCAAUUUACCGGGACUCCUGGUCGUACUGGGGAUCACAGACCCAUCAAAUACCAGCGAAGCUGAUGUGCAAGUGGUUAUCUACGAGAAGAUAAUUAAUCACCCACAAUAUUUAGUCUCUUCUAUUGAAUAUGAUCUCACGUUAAUCAAGCUGAUUAACGAGGCUGAGCUCGGGAGCUAUGUGAAUGUGGUCAAACUACCUAGACAACCUGUCGAUGCAGAAACAAUGUGUGACGUCACCACCUGGGCCUACAACUUCUGCGAUACGCUCAAGGACCCUGACAUGGUGCAGAAAGUAGAAGUCUCUGUAAUCACUGAAAAUGAGUGUCGGAAUGGCUAUCCAGGCUACAACAUCAAAAAUAAUAUGAUCUGUGUGGGCAUCGUGCCAGGAAUGAGGAAACCUUGCAAGGAAGUCUCUGCUGCCCCAGCAGUGUGCAACGGGACGCUUUACGGAAUCCUAGCUUACGCAGAUGGGUGCAUUCUGCGAGCUGAUGUUGGCAUCUACACCAGUAUCUUUCACCACUUGCCCUGGAUUAAAGAUACAAUCCAGAACAACUGAGCUCCCCUGGCAGGAACUGCAAACUGUGUGACACAGCCUGUACCCAUGUCCAGCUGCAGAAUUAAACUAAGGAAUUCCUUGGAU